CCGGGAGCUUCCCUGAUGGUGCCGCCGCCUCCGAGCCGGGGAGGAGCGGCGAGGGGGCAGCUGGGCAAGAGCCUGGGUCCGCUUCUGCUGCUCCUGGCUCUGGGACACACGUGGAGCUACCGAGAGGAGCCCGAGGACGGCGACAGAGAAAUUUGCUCGGAAAACAAAAUCGUCACGACCACAUACCCGUGUCUGAAGCCUUCAGGCGAGCUCACGACGUGCUUCAGGCGGAAGUGCUGCAAAGGGUAUAAAUUUGUCCUUGGACAAUGCAUCCCAGAAGAUUAUGAUGUAUGUGCUGAGGCUCCCUGUGAACAGCAGUGCACAGAUAACUUCGGCCGAGUGCUGUGUACUUGUUACCCAGGAUACCGAUAUGACCGGGAGAGGCACCGGAGGCGGGAGAAGCCGUACUGUCUGGAUAUCGACGAGUGUGCCGCCAGCAGCGAGACGCUGUGUGCGCACAUCUGCGUCAACACCUUGGGCAGCUACCGCUGUGAGUGCCGGGAGGGCUACGUCCAGGAGGAUGAUGGGAGGACGUGCACCAAGGGAGACAAAUACCCCAACGACACUGGGCACAAUGAGAAGGUGGAGAACGCGGUGAGAGCCGGCACCUGCUGUGCCACGUGCAAGGAGUUUCACCAGAUGAAGCAGACGGUGCUGCAGCUGAAGCAGAAGAUUGCCCUGCUACCCAACAGCGCUGCGGACCUGGGCAAGUACAUCACUGGCGACAAGGUGCUGGCCUCAAAUGCCUACAUUCCAGGACCACCUGGCCUGCCUGGGGGCCAGGGCCCCCCCGGCUCGCCAGGACCAAAGGGGAGCCCAGGCUUCCCGGGUAUUCCAGGCCCCCCCGGGCAGCCCGGCCCGCGGGGCUCAAUGGGACCCAUGGGACCGUCUCCUGAUCUGUCCCACAUUAAGCAAGGCCGGAGGGGCCCCGUGGGCCCACCAGGUGCCCCAGGAAGAGAUGGUUCUAAGGGGGAAAGAGGAGCACCUGGCCCCAGAGGGUCUCCAGGACCCCCUGGUUCUUUCGACUUCCUGUUGCUCAUGCUGGCGGACAUUCGCAACGACAUCACCGAGCUGCAGGAAAAGGUGUUCGGGCACCGGACUGACUCUUCAGCAGAGGAGUUCCCGUUACCUCAGGAAUUUUCCAGCUCUCCAGAGACCAUGGACUUCGGCUCUGGAGAUGACAACCCCAAAAGAACUGAGACAAGAGACUUGGGAACCCACAGAGACUUCUAUCCUUAGCACACGCCGACAUCUUCACGCCAAAGGAAGAGCAGUGUUCACCUGCAGUGAAAUCAUCCAGAGAACAGAACAGAACACCACUGGAGACCUAGAAAAGAUACGUUCUUUUUUUCUUUUUUUUAAACUCUUUUCCUUUCUCCUCCGUACUUCUCUUAUCCCAAACACUAUUUUCAGGCUAGACAUACUAAAGACAAGAGGGAGGAAAUGAUUGAUUUACUUGCUUCCUCUGGAGAAUCUGGAGUGGAACUUUCCUUUGACUUCCUUAUUUCCCAGGGACUUCUGAUUUCUGAAUCAGGUACUCUCACAGUGUCUUAAAAUUUGGCAGACUAUCAAAAAGUGGGGAAUGGCAAGGCGAGUUCUAAGAAAAUGUGAGUUUACUUAUUAAAAAUAAUAGAUACGUGUCCAAAAUAGACUAUUACACCUCAGUGUCAAAGUUAAAUCA